AUUAAGGAUACCCUACCCUCGAUGUCUCAGACAGGACCGUAAGACUGUUGACUGUAUCAUGGCGAAAGAAAAGAAGGGGAAGUCAGACGCUAAAAAGGCUAAACUUGCUGAGAAGAAGCAAAAGCAAGAGAAGAAGGCCCAGAAAAAAGAAAAGGCCAAAGCCUCGAAACUCGAUGGGAGCGAUGUCGAAGACGUCGAUCUAGAUGCGGUGCUUGCCGAGUAUAAGAAAGCUCAGGAAGAGUUCGUCAAGAUCACAGAGACUGUCUCUGAAGAACCCCCUAAACCUCGGUCAUCCGCUACUUUCCUAGCCUCUCCUUCGAAUAGUAACCAACUUUUGUUGUUUGGUGGGGAAACUUGGAACGGAGCCCUUGCCAAUUUCUACAAUGACCUUAAUAUCUAUUAUACGGAUAGAGAUGAAUGGCACUGCGUGACCUCACCAAAUGCUCCCCUUCCACGAUCUGGUCAUGCUUGGUGUAGAGGGGGAAACCAGAAAGAUUCUGUCUUUUUAUUUGGUGGCGAAUUUAGCAGCCCUAAGCAAGGCACAUUCUACCAUUAUAAUGACUUCUGGAGACUCGAGCCUAGUUCUCGGGAAUGGACACGAGUAGAAACAAAGGGCAAGAGCCCGCCGGCGAGGAGUGGUCAUCGUAUGACUUAUUAUAAGAAUUACAUAAUCCUCUUUGGUGGUUUUCAAGAUACUUCGAAUCAAACGAAAUAUCUAAACGAUCUUUGGUUAUAUGAUACCCAGAACUUCUUGUGGCACAGUCCCACACUUCCACCAGCACAACUGAAACCGGACGCUAGGUCGUCUUUCACAUUUCUUCCUCAUGAUCAGGGCGCCGUGCUAUUUGGUGGCUAUUCGAGAGUGAAGAAAACUGUAUCAGCAAAUAAAUCAGCUAAAGGUGCAUCUCAAGGUCAAAGGAACAUUAUGAAACCUUUGGUACACGAGGACUGUUUUUUCUUGCGGAUAACACAACCUCCCGCAGACUCUCCGCCAAACACGCCACCAAACGUCAGAUGGGAGAAGCGAAAGAAACCUGCGAAUACCCCUAGCCCUUCUCGUGCUGGAGCGACUAUGGCCUACCACAAAGGCCGUGGUCUUCUCUUUGGUGGAGUGCAUGAUGUCGAGCAGACUGAGGAGGGCAUGGAUAGUGAGUUCUUCAAUCAACUUUACGCAUGGAACAUAGAGAGGAAUCGAUUCUUCCCAUUGGCACUUCGUAAAGCGAGGGUUCAAAAGAAAGCCCCACAACAGGACCAAAGAGUUGGGCGACGAGGAAGAGCUCAAGCAAAUGAAGAGGAAUUAUUGAAGCAGCUCGCAGCUCUUCAGGCCGGAUCGUCUUUAGAGGACGCUGAUACCAUGGACAUCGACCUCAAAACCGGGCAAGACCCUGAAGAACCGGUCAACCCGGUUCGAGAGAUGCCAGUUUCUAUGGAAUUCCCACACCCACGAUUUAAUGCUCAAAUAACGGUGCAGGACGAUGUAUUAUAUAUAUACGGCGGCACAUAUGAAGCCAAAGACCGAGAAUAUACGUUUGACGACUUAUAUGCGAUUGAUCUUGGGAAGAUGGAUGGCUGUAAGCAGAUAUUCAAGAGGGAGGACGAUACUUGGGUUGGCUCCGACGACGAAGAUGAAGAAGAUGAAGACGAGGAUGAUGAUGACGACGAGGAAGACGAAGAAGGCGAUCUUGAUAUGGAUUAUGAAGAGCUAGAAACUCCGGUAUCUCCUAGCAAACGCAAGAAGAAGCAGAUAGACGAGGUGUCGAUAGCUGACACCAUAUCUACCGCGGAGUCCUCUACAUGGGAUGCCGAGUCAGAAGCUGAUACAGUUGCUACUACUGUCGAUGAUGGGCUACCACAUCCACGACCUUUCGAGUCCAGAAGAGACUUUUUCACUCGUACCUCAAAUGAGUGGCAAGAAAUCCUGAUGACAAAUUUAAGAUGGAAGAACAUUCCACCUGAAAGCCUUGCAAUCAAGGAGAUUAAGACGAAGGCAUUUGAACUUAGCGAAGAGAAAUGGUGGGAUUGCCGCGAGGAGAUUACUGCCCUCGAGGAUGAGCAGGAAGCUGCUGGUAUUGGUGAAGUCGUCUCUCUAGCUGACAAAGGUGAUUCGGGAGCUGGUGGUGUCGGCCGAAGGAGAUGAUGAAAUAUCGUCGCUAAUCUAGCAUAUGAUGGUGAUAUAUGGAGUUAUCUAUUUGUAGAUAAAAUUCAUUUUAUCAUAUGCAUAGCUGAAGCAUAUAGGUAUAUUGGCACCUGGAUAUAAAUAUAAGAAGGUAAAUAAA